AUGCCCAAGAGGGACGUGGUGUCCUGGAACACUUUGGUGCUAGGGUGCGUGGAGGACGGGAGGCACCAGGAAGUUGUGGGCUUGGUCAGGAAGAUGUGGAGGGAUGGGUUUAGGCCUGACUCGUUUACCUUAUCGAGUGUGCUACCAAGCUUUGUGGAGUUUGUUGAUGUCAGGAGAGGCAUGGAAGCGCAUGGAAUUGCUAUCAGGAAUGGGUUUGAUAGUGAUGUUUUUAUUGGCAAUAGCCUAGUUGAUAUGUAUGCUAGGACAAAUUACUCGGUCAAUGGUAUGAAGAAGGAGCCAGCUUGCAAUUGGGUUGAAGUGAAGAACGAAUUGCAUGUGUUUAUAGCUCAUGAUAGGUCGCAUCCUUGGUAUGACAGGAUUAUUGGUGCACUGAAUGUUUUCUCAGAGCAGAUGGCACUCCAUGGAUAUGUACCCAAUAUAGAGGAUGUUUUUCAGGAUAGUGAAGAAGAGCAAAAGAGAUGUGGUAUGUGGUCACAAUGA